CCCUCCCCGUCACGUGACAGCCGCGCGUGUUUGGUCACGUGACCACGACGCUGCCCCGUCGCUCCUCCGCUUCCCGUUUGUCUGCCGCGGGGUCAGGUCCCCAAACUGAACCAAACACCCUCUUUUCCUCCUUUGAGACAAACCGCCACAUUUUAACAACCCCCCCCCCCCCCCCCCCGGAGUGGUUACCGGGGCGCCGAGUGCAGCACGCGCUCCUCCUCCUCCUGCUCCUCGCUUCCUGCUGCUCCUCCAUGCCGGACCUGGGGUAGACCCGCACAGAGCCAGCGGCUCCCCCGGGCAGGCCUCUCCGCUCCCCGGGGCUCGGCCACAGGUGGUGGUGGUGUUGUUGGGGGGGUGGAAGCAUGUGGUCGGUGCUCCGCUCUGAGUCGAUGCCACAGGGCCGGUUGGUGAGCCGCUAGCCUCGGUUUACCCCCCCCCCCCCGCUGCCGGUAGCGUGGCCGUCAGGAUGAGCGGAGCUCAGCAGAGUGACACCAAGAGGCAGCACCUCCUGGAGAGGCUGCUGGACGCCGUCAAACAGUGUCAGAUCCGCUUCGGAGGAAGGAAGGAGAUUGCCACGGACUCGGACAGCAGGGUGAUCUGCCUGUGCGCCCAGUUCGAGGCGGUGCUGCAGCACGGCCUGAGGAAGAGCCGCGGCCUGGCGCUCACCGCCGCCGCUCUCAAGCACGCCGCCGGCUUCAACACCAAGGCCGACGCAGAGUUGACCUUCUGGUUCCACGUGAAGGAGCAUCUGAAUCGCCACGAGCUCCAGCGCUUCUACUCCCUGCGCCACAUCUCGUCCGAGCUGGGCCGCGGCCGCGCCUGGCUGCGCUGCGCCCUCAACGAGCACUCGCUGGAACGCUACCUGCACACGCUGCUGGCCGACCGCCUCCGCCUGGGAACCUACUAUGACGACUGGGCUUUCAUUGUGGACGAGGAGAGGGCCAGUAUGCUGCCCACCAUGGCUGCAGGCCUGAACUCCAUCCUGUUUGCCAUCAACAUCGACAACACCGACCUGAACGGCGGGGCGACGCGGGCGGGCGGCUCCUCCUCGGUGUCCCACCUCCUCAAGGAGUCCACGCAGGGCAUCGGCAGCCUGUGGAAGGAGUCCACCCAGGGGGUCAGCAGCCUGCUGCGAGAGAUCGGCACCGCCACGGCCGCGGUGCCGGGCUUCACGCCCCGGGUGGGCGGGGCCUCGGACCCGCUGCCCGUGCUGCCGCGCAGCAGCUCCGCUGACUCCGGGCUGAGGAAAGAGCGCAGGAGGAAAAAGAAAAUCACCAACAUCAUCUCCUUUGACGACGACCUGGAAGGAGGCGCCGAGGAUGAAGAGGAGGAGGAGGAGGAAGAGGAGGAGGGAGAGGGGAUGAGGAAGAGCCACACGGCCCCUGCUCAGAGCGGUGUGGAGGAAGCAGCGGACCCUCUGGAGCCGGACUUCUCCGCCCAGAACGGCAUCAUCAGCUGGGUGGGGUCCCCCCACCCUACUCGUACUCCACCUGCUGCUUCUCCUCCCCCUCUGCCCGACAGGAAGAGUAUAGACAAUGAGGAGGAGGACGAAGAGGAGGAGGAGGAGGACGAGGAGGAGAUGAUGUACAAACCCAGAGCACAAACCCAGGAAGAGGAGGAGGAGGAAGAGGAGGAGAGGACAAACAACUCUGAUCAGGUGGUGGUGGGCAGUCUGUCCAGUGUGUCCACGUGGAGCCCCCUGCAGGCCGUGACCCAGCGCAGGAGCUCGGACGUCCUCAUUCCCCUGAACCCCGCCGACUCUCAGCCAGUGUGCUCCGUGGAAGACGCGGCCGCAUCUCCUGCCCGGAGGGAGUCUCCGGGUCCGCCAGGUGGAUGGAGGAUGGAGUCCGGCCCGCCGCCGCUGCCGCCCUCCGGUGUGCUGCCGACAUCGGGUCUGCCCGAGUCCAUGACCGUGGCGGAGUUGCGUCAGGCCAUCGUGGCCAUGAUGAACAGGAAGGACGAGCUGGAGGAGCAAAACACGUCUCUCCGCAGCCUGCUGGACGGGGAAAUGGAGCACUCGGCGAGCCUCAGGCAGGAAACCGAUUGGCUGAAGAGGAAGCUGGCCGAGCUGGAGGAGAGACACACAGCCAAGGUCCAGGCUCUGGCCAGGGAGAACGAGGUCCUGAAGGUCCAGUUGAAGAAGUACGUCGGGGCGGUACAGAUGCUGAAGAGAGAGGGAGGCCAGAACAAUGAUGCCAUGCCCAUGUUGCGGCCGAGUGAGGAGCAGGCUCCGGUCCCACAGAACAAGUCCAUGGGGGACGUCGAGGAGCUCGCCGCCAGCUACGAGCGCAAACUCAUAGAGGUGGCCGAGAUGCACGGUGAGCUGAUCGAGUUCAAUGAGCGUCUGUACCGCUCCCUCAUGGCCAAAGACCACCUCAUUGUCCAGAUGAGACAGGAACUCAUUGACCUGAGAGGCCCGGUUCCAGGUGAUUUAAGCCAGACGUCAGAGGACCCCAGCCUGUCAGAUUUUGAGACGGCUCAUCGCGCUCUCAUCAACGUGUGGAUCCCCUCCGUGUUCCUGCAGGGCAGAGCUUCCAACGCCUACCACGUCUACCAGGUGUACAUCCGUAUCCUGGACAACGAGUGGAAUGUGUACAGGCGCUACACCGAGUUCAGGGAGCUCCACAACCACCUGAGGACCCGCUUUCCACAGGUGGACACCUUCAACUUCCCCCCCAAGAAGGCCAUCGGGAACAAGGACGCCAAGUUCGUGGAGGAGAGGCGGAAGCAGCUGCAGGGCUACCUCCGAGCGGUGAUGAACAAGGUGAUCCAGACGCUGCCGGAGUUCUGCGCGCGGCCCGACAAACAGAACCUGCUGUCCCUGCUGCCCUUCUGCCUAGACUCGCCGCAGGCCAACGACGGCGGAUCCAAGGCGCCGCGGUCCAAAACCUCCUCCCGCUUCCCAAGGCUGGGCCGCGGCCGCAACCAGGAAACCAGGCCUGAACCCCAGAGUGGCGACCUUUAACCCCCCCCCAUCACAGCAUCCCCGUGUUCCCGCGUAGACGCAUUGGGACGGCUGACGGAUGCAAAGGACCUUCUGAGAAGUGUGAAUGUGCAUCGCCUGGCCGAGUGAAGGACAGAUGACCCCCCCACCCCCCCCCAGAAAGACUCACAGGAACUAGGCCAGACUGCCCCCUGUGUUCUGAGACGCAGUGAGGCGAUGGAGAGCUGUUCUUCUUCAGGUGGUGGAGGUGGAGGAGGUGGAUGUGUGGAUCUAAAGUAUUAUGAUAUGAAUUCUGCCUUUCAGCUUGUGUGUCAGUAUUACAGAGCCAUUACAGCUUCAGGGACGAUGUGAUUCACGAGGCCAUGAAGUACUUCUGUUCCAUUAUAUUAAUUAGGCUAAUGGAUGAUCUGCAGAAAAACAGGUCUUAAUGUCAUCGGGGAUCCAGUGGAUAUCAAAAGCAUCUUUUAAAGGACACAUAAUGGUUAUCGAAAUGGGGGACCUUGUAGUUCACCCCCACCUUCAUUUGAAAAAAAUAAACUGCAACCUGGUUCCUCCAAAACAUCUGAGACAAUUUACUUAAGCCCCUUUCAACUAACAAAUAAAUGAGACAUUUCCAAAUUCAGCAAAAUUCCAGCCACUAUUUACUUUAAAGGCUUUUCCACACCGAGGGUGUUUUUUUCCCCUAAAUGUGUUCUUGAGAUUAUUAUUUUCAUAGAAUAUUACGUCUUAGUGAUGUUUUCUGAAUAAUGUUGAUUUUUCUCAUCUUUCGCUUUCUGAACAAAAGCAUCAACCAAUCAUAUCGAGCCCCGUAUUCACGAGGAUAAAAAAAAACAAAAACAAUCCAGACAAACGAAAUUAACGAAAUUUGAAAAUGAACGGCCAUCUUCAUAUGAAAGUGAACGUUGAAUCACCUGUUGAAUGUCUAGUGGACUGAUAAAAGGCGACAGAGGACACGUUUUGAGGAAGACGCCUGCUGAGAUUUCUACAACCCUUUGUCCGAUAGUAUUGAGCAUGAGGUUGAGGAUACGUUGUGUGUGUGUGUAGUUUUUCCCUCACACAGAUCACACGGAUGAGGAUCCUCCUCGCAGCUCGCUGCCUACACAGACGUUGCAAUGUUUAAAGAAUGUUUAACUAAUGUGUCUUAGCUGGAUUUAACGAGGCGUUAUCUGCAGAAUAAACGCUUUAACGAGACUAAACACUUAAAGAAAAGGGCUGCUGAGCAUCGUGUGUGAAACAGAAGCUCGUGUAUGUGUACGGCUCAAAGGGGGGGGGGGGUUCAUGUGAAGUGAUCCUCACAGAUAAAACGUCAGCAUAGGACAGAACAUAUAAACCUUAUUAGAGAUGGUUUUUCUUUUCAAUUGGAGAAAAAGUUUCACUGCUGUUGCAUCCUGUCAAGAACAUCUGUGACACUCUUUUUAUUAAAGACUAUUUUCUGCUGUGAUACAGUAAA